AAUAGCGCUUCAACAUCAAAAUCAAGCUCAAGACAGUCAAGCACAGACAAAAACUACAGAUUGACAGCUGAAGAGAAGAAGAAGUGCAGAAUGAUGUAUGAAUCAUUGGACGUCUCAAAAAUGUGGACUUUAUCAACAGGAAAGAUAGUUGAAAAGCAAAUGGCAUUAUUUGCCUCAAGCUGUAUUUAUGAGCAUCUAGCUCAUUCUUUAAUUCUUGAUGUAUCCGACAGCAUAUGGACGGAGUACUUCACCACAGAAGAAAUCAAAGAGAUCAUGAAUACGAACAGAACGACAUUGCCCUCGUUACCUGAAGACCUCAGCAAUUAUAUCAACUCUUUUGAUAAAGAGUUCGUUAAGCCUUUGGAUCUUUACUAUCAAGCACACAGCAAUGUAUUUCAUCCUUUUCAAGAAAAAGACAAAAAAUGGGUACAGCAAAUAUGUUCUUCAGCUGCUGAUCUUUACUUGUAUAAAGUACUUGACAACUACAACACUCUUGAGAGCAAAGUGAAGCAUCGUGUUUGGAAUUUCCUCUAUACCGUCUUUGAUGGGUCAAAAGUGAAGGUGGAGAUUGGGGAGAAGAGCAGCGUGGCGUCUGCGAUUAGAAGAAACAGUGAGAGAAGAUUAGAAGGACAGGAAAUGAGACGAAGAAAAAAUAUGGAUAUGCUCUUCUUUUAUGAUGACUGUGAACUUGGAUGCACAGAAGUAGGGAAGAAUUCUGUUGGUGUUGAUGAUGAUAAGUACAUGGGAGAUGGAAUGUUGAAGCUUCCCAAGGCAAUGAAGGAUAUGUUGUGUAUGGCUUCAAAAGUCUGUCUAAGCCAUUUGAGAGACUUUAGGAUGAUCGGGUAUAUUAUAAUGGAAGUAGUCAUGUUGGAUUCUCCAGUCGGAUAUGUCAGCAGGAUUGUUCGCACUGAUGUUUUCAAGUAUCCGAAAAAUAUCAAUUCCUUCUCGGUAGAUAUUAUACCCAUCAUUGAAAUUAUAUGGAAAACAAAAGUCGUGAUGGAGACAACUAUGAAAGCUAUUGAGAAUCGACAAAAGAAAGUAGCGGAUUUUUAUUUUGCAUUACCAACACCUACCAUUCCUCCUUGUUUCAACAGAUCUGAUGUUAAAACACCACAAAAAAGAAAAUUCGAAGAUUGAUUGACUUGAUUUUUUUUUUAUUUAUUUAUAAACUUUUUAAUGUUAAUAAAUAUAGCUGAUAUUAAUUAACAUAAGGGCCAAAUCUCCCAUACAAUAGUGUAAUUGCUUUCGGCUGGCUAUGCAUCUUAUGGAAUCAAAAUGAAAUAUAACUUGAAAUCAACUACAAACUG